AUGCUCUCUCUGUGGCUCCCUUCACUAGGAUUUACAGUGGCGGACCACUGGAUUACCCUUGUGAGCAGCAUCUUAUUCUGCUAUGUUAUGGGCUGGAUUCUGUACCACCUCUACUUCAGUCCUUUGGCUGGAUAUCCAGGACCAUUCCUUGCGCGCAUAUCGUCCAUCCCAGACUUCUAUUGGUCGCUCACGGGAAGGCGACAUUUGUGGAUCGCCCGCAAUCAUCAACUAUAUGGUGACGUGGUUCGUUUUCGCCCCGAUGGAGUACUUUUCAAAACCCCCCAGGCAUAUCGUGAUAUCUUUCAUGCCAAAGCCAAUGUCAAGCGAUCCCAGUUUUACGACAUGAUGACACGGCAUAAAAACGAUCAGAGUACUUUGACUGGCACCGAUCCCAGUUUGCAUGCACAGAAGCGUCGCGUUCUGAAUACGGUGUUCUCCGACAGAUCGCUUCGCGCAAUGGAACCACUGCUGGAGUCGCACGUGGCCCGUUGGUGCGAGCUUCUUGUCGACGACCAUGAACUAGAGUGGUCGGAAGCCAGGAAGAUGUCAGAAGUAUGCGACUACUUGGUGCUAGACGUGCUCUGCGAUCUUUGUUUCGGGCGAGCCGUGAACACCAAGGAGCGUGGUAUCAAUUUGUAUCGUCAAAUUCCACACACCAUCGCGUUUUUUUUACGGAUACUAUACCCGGUACCUGGGUCACAGCCAUGGCUUGACCCUCUCGUCUGGCUUAAACACCGCGGUCUUGACUGGCUAUUAGGCAAAAUCACGCCUCCCAGCGUUCGAUUUCUCUAUGAUUUCGUCGACGAAUCCUUAGCUCAGCGCCUGGAUUUAGAAGCACGGCAAGAGACUCGCCAAGACAUGCUGCACUACCUUUUACGCGCAAAGGACCCCGUCACCGGGCUUCCAGGAUACACGCGCGAGGCCCUUGAAGCGGAAGCCAUAAUGCUCACCAUCGCCGGCUCCGACACCACAUCCGUAAUCAUGGCCGGCUUCUUCUUCUACAUCGUCCGCACCCCCCACGCUUACACCAAACUCGUCCACGAGAUCCGCAACACUUUCACAACCGUAGAAGAGAUCAGAGGCGGCCCCACCCUCCUUGCCUCGUGCCCGUACCUCCGCGCCUGCGUCGACGAGGCAAUGCGCAUCACGCCAGCCGGACCCUCCGAGCUCCCCCGCACGGUUCUACCGGGCGGUAUCACCAUCGACGGCGAGUUCAUCCCCGAAGGCACAACCGUCGGGGUCUCGCAUUGGAGCUUCUACCGCAAUGAGGAGUAUUUCCCGGAUCCCGACGUCUAUCGUCCGGAGCGGUGGCUGGUCGAUCCCGCAGCUGGAGUCUCGGCGGAAGAUGUCGCGCGGGCUCGGUCGAGCUGUUUCCCAUUCACGGCUGGGACGACGAGCUGUGCGGGCAAGAACUUUGCGCUGUUGGAGUUGUAUAUGACGAUUGCGCGGACGGUUUGGCUGUAUGAUAUGCGGCUUCUGCCGGGGGACAAGACGGGCGUGGUGGGGAGUGAAGCUGCGGGUGUUGGGGAGGUUUUCGAAGUCUGGGAUAGUUAUAUUAGCUUGCGCGAGGGGCCGAUGGUGCAGUUUCGGCGGAGGAGGGAAGUUUCCAUUAUCUAAGUAGAUUGGAUUAGAUUGGAGUUCAGCUGGCUAGAUGGAUUAGUG